UCAAUAUAUCAAUAACUAGUCAUCGCUCGUGAGAGGCUUCAUGUAGCCAAAGAGCUACUAGUAGCUAACUAGCAAAAUGUAUCCGUUGUUAGAACUUUACAGCACCACGAUGAACACGCACUCGCAGUAUUCCCAGCUGCUACUCAUACUCCUCCUUGCAGUUCUGCAACCAGUAGUUGGGGCUGCCGCUGAUGAACAUGAUCGAAUAGAAGCUGACGCGCAACCGUUGAUGGCACGUCGGAGCUGCCGGGAGAAGUGCGGCGAUAUGAGCAUCCCCUUCCCCUUCGGCAUGGAGAAGACUGAUUGUUUCCUCCCAGGCUUCGAGGUCACCUGCAACUUCUCCUUCGAUCCACCUCGCGCCUUCCUUGCCUACGACGACAAGGGCGGUAGCACCAACCAAACAUACCAGGUGAUCUAUCAGUCUGGCUUCAAGAGCAACGGUGAGGGCAUCGAUCUGGGAAAGUCGUUAAGGCCAGUGGAGCUGUUUAACAUAUCACUGGAGAAGAGCGAGGUACGGGUAUACGGCGCCAUAAAUUCCAGGUGCUUCUCAAAUUUUACACAAGACUUACUCAAGGGGAAGUAUAUGGUGUUGGACACGGAGGGGCCGUUCCUCCUGUCGUCCACGCGCAAUGCCCUCAUCGGUGUCGGAUGGAACGUCCAACCAUUGAUGUCGGACAACUUUGAGAGCACCACGGGCUACAGCUUCACCCUCUCCUGCACUUCAUACCUCGCCAUCAGCCUGGAAAUGGCCACAAAUGGGUCUUGCACGGGGCUGGGCUGCUGUCAGGUCGCCUUGCCAAAACAGCGGCUACCCGUCACAAUCACCGGAAUCAGUUUUAAGGAUGAAAAGAGCAACCCUCGUUGGGCUACCAAUCCCUGCUCCUACGGCAUGGCGGUGGAGAAGUCAUGGUACAACUUCUCUACGGAGGACAUUUACGGAUACGAGGUGCUGUCCAACAAACUGAGCAGGGGUUUCCCCUUGGUGCUCGAUUUCGCCAUCAGAAACGGCUCCUGUCAGGACGGUGGCUGCCUCAGUGGCAAUAGCUCUUGUGCCAACGCAAAGAAUGGUCCGGGCUACUCCUGCAAGUGCUGGGAUUUUUACCAUGGCAACCCCUACAUCACUGGUGGAUGCCAAGACAUCGAUGAGUGUCAGCUCCGGGAUCAGAAUCCUGAGCUUCUUGAUUUCUAUCCAUGCUCUACUGACGGGAUCUGCAACAACAGACUCGGAGGAUAUGACUGUCCAUGCAAAAGAGGGAUGAAAGGUGACGGUAAAAAAGGGAACUGCACAGAAAUUUUUCCCCUAGCAGCAAAGAUCGUUGUGGGCCUUGCUAGCUUGAUUGUUGCUUUUGUCCUCAUGGUUAUGACCAAGCAACAUCUAAAGCUCAGGAAGUUCUAUGGACAAAAUGGUGGUCCAGUACUGAACGGCGUGAAGAAUAUACGGAUCUAUACAAGGAAACAACUGAAACAAAUCACAAAUAAUUAUGAGCGUGUCAUUGGAGAGGGGCACUUUGGUAAGGUUUAUAUGGGGACGUUGAAAGAUAAGCAACAAGUAGCAGUAAAGAAGUCCAUCAAAGUUGAUAAAGAGAUGAAGAGGGAAUUCACUGAUGAGGUUAUAAUCCAGUCUGCAAUGAGGCACAAGAAUAUUGCUAUGCUCAUAGGCUGCUGCUUAGAGAUGGAUGUUCCCAUGUUGGUGUAUGAGUUUGUGGCAAGAGGAAGUUUGUAUGACGUUCUCUUCAAAGGAAGAGAUAGCAUUCCGGCAAAUAGGCGCCUUGACAUUGCUAUUGGGUCAGCUGAAGGCCUAACGUAUAUGCAUUCAGCAGUGGAGAGCACCAUCCGUCACGGCGACGUCAAAUCUGCCAAUAUUCUUCUUGAUGAAUACUUCACCCCCAAAGUUUCGGACUUCGGGACAUCGAAGCUGCUUGCAAAAGGAAAAUCCGAGACGGCUGAGCGCGUGGUUGGGGACAAGAGUUACAUAGAUCCGGUGUACAUGGAGAUGGGGAUCCUUACACAGAAGAGCGAUGUCUACGGUUUCGGAAUUGUUUUGAUAGAGCUUGUCACAAGGAGGGCUGCAACAUAUGACAACAACAGAAGCUAUGUCGCAAACUUUGUUCAAGCUUGUCUAGAUAAAAGAGCGAGGAACUUUAUUGAUAACGAUAUUACAAGCGAGGUGGAUUUGAAGCUCUUGGAAAUGGUCAGCGGAGUCGCCGUGGAGUGUCUAAAACCGAAUCCAGAAGAGCGUCCGGAUAUGAAACAAGUCGAACACCGCCUCCUCGAAAUAGUAGGAGAAGCUUUACAGAGUGGACAAGGGAGAAACUACCAGCCGGAUCUUAGUCCUGCACCGGAUGAUGUUGCUUUGCUUAAGGCUUGAGGAGAACGAAGCACCUACGUGCAGAUUAAAGUGGCUUAAUAUUCUGGAUAGUUUAUUUGCUUAUGUAAUGUGGAUUCAUUGGUCUGAUUUCUCUAGUUUUGAUUUGUCAAGGCGCCCACUGAUCGAGUGACAGUGCCAACUUUUUUUCCCGAAAAGAAGAUCAUUUUCUUGGCC